AUGGGGGUCUGCAGUUCCCUUCCGCCCUUGGAAAAGGACAAGGCGGUCCAAACUACAAUCAAUACGCACUGCGAAGAACUAGCUCCCCUAUUCUACUCAAAUUUUCCCCGACAAGCACUGACCCUUUGGUGCCUGAUUGUCAACACCAGGGAGACAGUGGCGUGCACUGCAGCAGAGAGGGGUGCUUUGGUUGCCUUCAACGCCAGCAUCAACAAUCCUUAUGGAAAGUUGAGUUCAUGGCGAGGCGAAAACUGUUGCAACUGGAGCGGUGUUAGGUGCAGCAAGAAGACCAGCCGUGUCAUCCAGCUCGACCUUGGCAAAUUCGCUCUCCAAGGUGACAUCAGUCCAUCUUUGGCUGCUCUGACAAAUUUGGUGUACCUCAACCUCAGCCAAAAUGACUUUGGCGGGGUGAGCAUCCCAGAAUUCAUAGGCUCCUUCAAGAUGUUGAGGUAUCUUGAUCUUUCGGGUGCCCAUUUUGGUGGCCCAGUCCCUCCUCAGCUUGGUAAUUUAUCAAGGCUCCAACAUCUUGACCUAUCCGAUUCUUAUUAUAUGAUAACUGUCGACAACUUCCAUUGGGUUUCAAAACUCACUUCCCUGAGAUAUCUUGACCUCAGUUGGUCAUAUCUUGCUGCCUCCUUGGAUUGGCUGCAGGCUGUGAAUGUGCUUCCUUUUCUGCAAGUGCUUUGCUUGAAUGAUGCAAGUCUUCCUGCCACCAACCUCAAUAGUUUUUCUCAGGUCAACUUCACCACCCUUAAAAUAAUUGAUCUCAGGAGUAACACUAAUCUGAAUUCUUCCUUGCCAAGUUGGAUUUGGAAUCUAUCUUCCCUUUCAGAGUUGGAUCUAUCUAGCUGUGGGCUUUCAGGUGUGAUUCCCGAUGAGCUUGGAAAGCUGACAUCACUUAAGUUUGUCGGACUAAAGGACAACAAGUUGGAAGGAUCGAUACCAAGAUCAGUAAGUGGUUUGUGCAAUUUAGUACACGUUGAUUUGUCCGGAAACCUUUUAUCAGGAGAUAUCACAGUUAUAGCGAAGGCUCUGUUACACUGCAUGAAGCGGUUGCUAAUCCUUGACCUUGCUGAUAACAAGUUAAAAGGAAAUCUAUCAGGUUGGCUUGAGCAAAUGGCUAGCUUAAGAGUUCUUGAUCUGAGUAAGAACUCACUAUCUGGAGAUGUACCAGCCAGCAUGGGCAAUCUAUCGAACCUGACACACUUGGAUAUUUCCUCUAAUUCAUUUGGAGGCACAUUAUCGGAACAGCACUUUGUCAAAUUAUCAGGAUUGGAUACUUUAGUUUUGUCAUCAAAUUCCUUGAAGAUUGUCAUGAAGCCCAGCUGGGUGCCACCCUUUCAGCUGAGAGAGGUAGGAAUGCAUACUUGCUUGGUUGGGCCACAAUUUCCAACGUGGCUGCAAUCUCAAACUAGAAUCGAGAAGAUUGAUGUAGGCAGUGCAGGCAUUAGUGGUAUGUUACCUGACUGGAUCUGGACCUUGUCUUCAUCGCUUACAAGCUUAAAUGUGUCAACAAACAACAUAACUGGGAAGUUGCCAGCAAGUUUGGAGCAAUUGAAAAUGCUGACAAUUCUGAACAUGAGGAAUAAUCAACUUGAGGGAAGAAUUCCUGAUUUGCCGACUGGUGUUCGAAUGUUGGAUUUAUCCCACAACUACUUGUCUGGAUCAUUGCCACAGAGCUUUGGGGGCAAUGAAUUGUAUUACCUGCUGCUUUCAAACAAUUAUCUUAGCGGAGUAAUCCCAACAGAUUUAUGCAACAUGCUAUCCAUGGAAGUUAUUGAUCUCUCCAGUAACAAUCUUUCGGGGGAGCUUCCAGAUUGUUGGCAUAAGAAUUCGAACCUGUAUAUCAUAGAAUUUUCAAGCAAUAAAUUAUGGGGAGAAAUACCAUCGACCAUGGGUUCUCUAAAUUCUCUCAUCUCAUUGCACCUCGGCAAGAAUAACUUAUCUGGGACUUUGCCCACCUCAUUACAAUCAUGUAAUGGGCUGGUAUUGCUUGAUCUUGGAGAGAAUAAUCUGUCAGGAAACAUACCAAAAUGGAUUGGUAACGGUCUACAAACUCUGCAGUUUCUGAAUUUAAGGUCCAACGAAUUUUCUGGUGAAAUACCUGAAGUACUGUCAAACCUUCAUGCUCUGCAAUAUUUGGACUUAAGUAACAACAAACUAUCUGGCCCUGUACCACAUUUUCUGGGAAAUUUAACAUCCAUGUGCAUGGAUAAUCCAGAGGGGGACACAACUCCUUUUAUUAAAUUCAAGAUUUAUGGUAUUGGGGGCGCUUACUUUUCAGUGUACACAGAUACUUUUAGCAAAUUUGACCGUGUGAAGAGCAUUGAUCUCUCAGCAAACCAAUUUACUGGUGAGGUUCCCAGUGAACUAGGACUCCUGUCUGCAUUACAUAGCUUGAAUAUGUCAAGAAAUUGCAUUGGAGGAAGUAUUCCUGACGAACUGGGAAGUAUGAUCAGAUUAGAAUCACUUGAUCUCUCAUGGAACAAUCUAUCAGGUCCAAUUCCUCAAGGCCUCGUGUCAUUGAGUUUUCUGAGCAUCCUGAACUUAUCCUACAACGAUCUCUCAGGAGAAAUACCUUUAGGAAAUCAAUUUGCGACUUUUGGAGGAGAUUCGUACUUGGGAAAUGUAAAUCUUUGUGGAUAUCCGCUAGUGUCAAGAAUUUGUUUACCAAAUAGCAUCAAGCGUCAGCACCAUAAACAUCAUCAACAUUCUGAGAUGGUGACAUAUCUAUGUACCUUGCUGGGUUUUGCAUCUGGAUUGUCCUUUGUUGUCGUCAUCCUCGUAUCUAGGGCAGCAGCAAGGAAGGCCUUAUUUCAAUUCACCGACAGCAUGCUCAACAAGUUGCACGCUGCAGCCUGCAGUUGAGAUGAAGCUCCAUAUCAACAGUGGCUUGCAGUCUUAGCAGGAGGAGACCUGUCCAUGCCAGCAGAAAGUCAGAACUCCACCUGCUACCACUUGGAAGGACCUCCUGCUCCUGGUUAGAGGAACUUUCAUAGCAUAAAAAGUUUGGAUUAGGCAUAUAUACUAAUAUAGUUAAAUAAUUGGCCCAUGCAUGUUCUGAAAUGUUACCAUUUUUCUUUGGAUAUGAACUUGAAAUAUCAGUUAAAAGAGUAAGACCACGAGUCCACGACCCAUUUGACUUGUAUAUUACGAAUUUACGUAAUCACAAUACAAUUCAGAUGCUA